AUCGAUGAAAGACUUAGCACUUGGCCAACGCCAAAACGCCUGACGGGUGCUCAGAUCGGAUUUAGUCACAGCCUCAGCAGGUCUCUAGGUGUUGAAGCGGAACCAAUAGUCGCUAGAGCAAACAGUUUGUGAAGAAGAAAUCAUUCCCUGCGGUGUUGUGGAAGUGGCAGGAAGUGGACUGUGGGUGUGUUGAUCAGUUUAUGCUAGAGAGCCGGAGACAUACUAACAAACCACCAUGUCCUGGGUAUUUCACUUGCUCUGGAUGUUUCUAGUGCUAAUGCUGUUCUUUAUUGUGCUGCGACGGAUAUACUAUUUUGGACUUCACGUGAACCGACCAAUAUCAACCACCAACCGUCAAACUCGCCAGCGAUUCACAGUAUUCACAAUCUAUCAAGGAGAACAACGAUCAAACGCACCGCCAUCGGAGCAAAGUCAACCACCAGAAUACAUUGAACCUCAACCGCCGCCAAAGUACGAUGAUGUGAUAAAAUCACCUGACCAAUUUCAGAAACCUCCACCGUACACUCCAACCGCUGUGGCCUGAGAUUUAUUCUCUAAAUGUUCUUUUUUAUUUAUAAGAUAAACAAUAAAACCUUAAACUAUUUACUGUUACCUUA